AUGGUCUACUCCUUUUCCCUCCCCACAACCUCCCACCUAUCCUUCCAAUCCUUUCUCUCCUCCCCAACCCACCCCUCCCUCCCCCAAUCCGCCUCCACAGCCCGCCACGCCCUCCGCCUCGCCCUCAAAAAACACAAAUGUCUCUCUCCGUCCCAACAAUCAGAUCACCUACAAACCAUUCUCUCCGCUCUAAAUGAGUAUAUCCCCUUCCUUUUCGCCCUCUCGCGAGGUCUCAGCUCCGCCCCUCCUGCCAAUGGAGCAGAGGACAUCGAUAUCCAUCUCCGCUCGGAAAUCGAGGUCGAAUGGCGCGCCACGCUUUCUUCCAGCUCCGCUUUACUUCGUCUGCGACGCGGUGAUGUGGGUGUAGGACGCCACUCUUCUCGCGUCCAUGGACGUGGACUUGAUUUCGAAAUCGCCUUCAUCCUCUCCACGCUGGGGUGUGUGCUAUCAAACUUGGGCCGGAGCAGUUAUCUGAAAACGCUGUAUGCGAACAAGAUGCCGUCGGCCGAGAUGAAGACCGCUGCUGUACAAGCAGCUACCAAGUACCUGCUCCAUGCCAGCAGUGUGCAUGCGUUUCUGGCUUCCUCGUCUUCAUUCGCCGGGUUAUGUGCGGCUCCUACCCCGCAAACUGGGAUGUUUGCCAAGUCCACAUUCACUUCUACUUCUACUUCUACGUCGCCGGCUGGGACUUCGAAUCCACCAGUACCCAUUCCGGACCUCGACCCGUCGACCCAAUCCGCCCUCUCAACCCUCGCCCUCGCCGAAGGUACCCUCCUCGCCGUCGUCAAAGAUGACGCCUACCUCUCUGCAUGCAUCCAGGCACGCAACUCCCUAGACACAGACUGGAUGGUCAAGGCACCUGAUAUCCCUAAAGUGCGAACCUUGCUCUUUGCCCGUCUAUGUGUGCGCGCAGCAGAGUAUGCUGAGCAGGCUGUUGCCAGCGCCGGCGCCGUGGGUGGUAACCGGAAUGAGGCCAAGGUCGACGAGGGGUUGCUAAAUUACAUGCGCAGUCUGGCGAGGGUAUGUCGUGCGAGGGCUUGUCGUUUUUUUGGCGUCGAUGCGGAGAUAAAGGGGAAGACUGGGGAGGGGAUUGCGUGGUUAAGGGCUGGGAGGGGGAUAUUAGGGUUUAGGGGGGCCUUACAGGGGGAGGAAGAUUCUGAUGGCAAAGGGAAAGGAAAAGGGGGGUUUGGUGGGGGGUUCUUGAAGUUGAGGAGGGGGUGGGAGGAGAGGAAGGAGGAGAGGAGGAUUAAGAAGGAAGCUGCAUCUUCUCGUGGGGGUGAGAUGGAGCGUGAGGCGGAGAUGGAUUGGGGUGAUGAUGCGGGGAGGGAAGAGGAGGGGAGGGUGCUGGAUAUGUUGGAGGCGAAGUGGGUGAAGAUGAAUGAUACUGUAAAUACCCAGCUUAUUCCCCCGUCAUCGUCAUAUCUCGCAAGCCUCCCGUCGGGCAGGGAUAUUCACUCCAACCCUGCCGCCUACUCGCCUCCACAGCUUGAUGCGGGACAGCUCGUGCGCAUGCGAGUGCCUCCUGAUACUCCUGAUUCUCUGGAUCUCGAUAGCAGUGGUGAAGAAGCUGAUAAGGCAGAACCUGUGCGUGCGGGAUAUUUCUAG